AUGAUUGCUCGUCGAGUGAUGGAUGGAAAAGUGGGUGACCAGUACGCGAUUUCCAACGACUAUGAGGAACGUUGGAAGAACGUUGUCGGCAUUCCAAUACCGCAACGAGGUUCAAAAGGUAAACCGCAACCCAUUCUCGGAUGUAAAUCGCUACCGCCAAAGUUGUGCAUCGUUGAACGUCCCGAUUUUCGAUCCGUCGACAAAAACGACCACGUUAUGACAAGACACAUGGCCAAU